CACAUUAGAGAGGCUGAAGGCUCCCAGCGCCCUACCCCGCCCGAGGCGCGGAGCCUGAGCCAAGGCCACGUGAUGAUGACAGACGGCACUCUGGCUUUCCUGGAGCUGUCUCUAUGGUAUUCUUCCCAGCCCACCCGUCCCUUUGGUAGCGGCAGUCACGUGACAGACUCCGGGUUAAGGCAGAUGCCCACGUGAUCCUGGCCUGCAGUCGGGUGGCUGCGGUGAGAUACCUGGGUUCCUGAAGGGCGGGUGGUUAGGUCGUAACUACUGCCCCCGCCGGCUGACUCUCCGAGCGGCCGGGCUCGGAAGCCACGAGCCAGCUGAGGCGUUCUCCGCUUAGUGCCUACGGCAUGGGUCAGCUCUUUCUGCCACCUCCGCCUUCGCGGUCCUCACCUCUUUGCGGGUGAAGUUACCUUUGGGUUUCCAGACCUUGGGGGCCUGAGGCCCAAACUCGGGACGAACCCCUAACCCACCUCUCUUUUCCUGUCAUUCUCCAACUCUUACUUUGUACCACGGAAUCACUUGGCCUUAAAGCUAGCCAGCUCGGCCGUGCCUUGAGGCCAGGUUCGGGAGAUAAAGGUAACCGUGGGGAAAGCGGCCCCCCAGUGGACAAAGGCGGAGGCAAGAAUAGAGCAAGCCUGAGGGCCAUAGGCGAUGAGAAUAGGCGGUUGAGGGGUGAAAAAGAAAACAAACAACAACAAACCCUGAAGAGUACUGAAGAUUUAGAAGGGACUGGAAAGGACUUGUUGCGCAAUGGAAGAAUCUGACUCUGAGAAAACGACGGAGAAAGAAAAUCUGGGGCCGAGAAUGGAUCCACCACUAGGGGAACCGGAAGGAUCGCUUGGGUGGGUGCUACCAAAUACAGCCAUGAAGAAAAAGGUGCUGUUGAUGGGUAAAAGUGGGUCUGGUAAGACCAGCAUGAGGUCUAUUAUCUUUGCAAAUUAUAUUGCCAGAGACACACGUCGCCUUGGCGCAACAAUACUAGACCGUAUACAUAGUCUUCAAAUUAAUAGCAGUUUGAGCACCUACUCUCUCGUAGACUCUGUUGGAAAUACAAAGACAUUUGAUGUAGAACAUUCUCAUGUUCGAUUUCUGGGAAACCUGGUAUUGAACCUGUGGGAUUGUGGUGGGCAAGACACCUUCAUGGAAAAUUAUUUCACUAGCCAACGGGACAACAUCUUCCGAAAUGUGGAGGUUCUGAUUUAUGUCUUUGAUGUGGAGAGCCGCGAACUGGAAAAGGACAUGCACUAUUACCAAUCAUGCCUGGAGGCCAUUCUGCAGAAUUCUCCAGAUGCCAAAAUAUUUUGCUUGGUACACAAAAUGGAUCUGGUACAGGAGGAUCAACGGGACCUGAUUUUUAAAGAGCGAGAAGAAGAUUUGAGGCGUUUGUCUCGCCCAUUGGAAUGUUCUUGUUUCCGAACAUCUAUCUGGGAUGAAACCCUCUAUAAGGCUUGGUCCAGCAUAGUUUAUCAGCUGAUUCCCAAUGUUCAGCAGCUGGAAAUGAACCUAAGGAAUUUUGCUGAAAUUAUCGAAGCUGAUGAAGUACUUCUUUUUGAGAGAGCUACUUUUCUGGUAAUUUCUCACUAUCAGUGUAAAGAGCAGCGUGAUGCCCAUAGAUUUGAGAAAAUAAGCAACAUUAUUAAGCAGUUCAAGCUGAGCUGCAGCAAGCUGGCUGCCUCUUUCCAGAGUAUGGAAGUCAGGAACUCUAACUUCGCUGCUUUCAUUGACAUCUUUACAUCCAACACUUAUGUGAUGGUUGUGAUGUCUGAUCCGUCCAUUCCUUCUGCAGCUACUCUGAUCAACAUCCGCAAUGCCAGGAAACACUUUGAAAAGCUGGAAAGAGUGGAUGGACCAAAGCAGUGUCUUCUCAUGCGCUAAACAUUGAUGAAUAUUGUUUCACACAAAAAUUAAAAGUUUCCUAAUUAAUGUUGUAUUCAUAUAUGUAGGCUCUGAAAUGUUGUGAUGCUUAUUGCUUCUGUAUUUCUUCUCUACUCCCUAGUCUUAAUGUUUAACCUUGAAUGCUAUUAACUUAAAUAGCCAUUGAGGAGUUAGAAGAUGAAUUGUUCAUGAAGUCAGUGUUACAUAAAAGUAGGUGAUAUGUAAGUUUUCUGAUAACAAGGUUCUAAUAGUGUUUAAAUGUACUGGCAACCUGGUUCCAAUAGUUGUGUUUGCCCAAGCCUUUCUCGGCAUCAUCUUGUAUUCCUUAUCAGAUAGUAAGUAACCUGUAAGUUUGGAGUAUUACUGUUUUCUCAGCAUGCAUUAAAAAUAUUCCUUAACUUCAAUUGUAAAUAAACUUUUGGUGUUAGGGA